UCUCUCGUUUAGUCUGACGACGAGCAAUUUUCUAAUAAAUGAUGUACUGAUACACUUGCGAAUUCAGUGAUAAACGAAUUAAAUUUGUAUUCUUAUCAAUUAAGAAUCUGCACGUCCUUUUCUUUUCCCUUCUAUUCUGUAUGCCGCAUGGUAUCGUUAAAAAUAGAAAAUUCUAUAAUUAAACGAAGAGUUAGCGGGUCGACCAUCGUUGCGUUCAGAGUUCUAAGUAACUUCACAACUAGAGAGUUAGUAGUUUCGCGACUAGUACGACGAGUACUUAGAGUCCGAUUCCAUUCCCUCUCGCGAUUAAUUUGAACGAGAGUAUGGAACGAGAAGUCGAAGGCGUGUGCUCGGUGUGCAACGAGCCGGCCGCGUUUAAAUGCAGCGGCUGCAAACAGCAGUUUUAUUGCAAGAAAGAGCACCAACGCUUAGAUUGGCCUAAGCAUAAGUUGAAGUGUCUGGCGUUCGAAAUUCGCGAAAGUCCCGAGUUGGGACGGUACCUGAUAGCGUCGAGGGACUUGAAUCCCGGCGAUUCAAUUCUCUCCGAGACUCCUUUGGUCUGGGGGCCGGCGUUACGCACCGAUCAAAGGAUCUGCGUCGGUUGCGGGAGGAAAUGUACUAAAACGGACACCAGAUGCAUGAUAUGCCUGUGGCCGGCUUGUGAUGUGAACUGCACCGGUCUCCGUGAUAAGAACAGACACGGAAUGGAAUGUUCGUUCAUCGUCAAGGCCAAAAUCAUACCCAGAUGCGAAGUUUUACUAGUAAUAAGGAUGCUGAUUCUCUGGCGAAGGAAAUCGAAAGUCUGGAGUUCGAUAGAGAAAUUGCAGAGUCACCAGGAGUCUCGAGGUCCAGGGACAAGCGCGUUCGACGAGACCGUCAAUGUAUUCGAAUGCGUUAAACGUUUUUUAUCGGGUAGUAAAAAUGAUUCUACUUCCGAUAUGGAUAUCGUGGCAAAGAUUUGCGGCCUGAUAGACGUGAACGCUUUGGAAACGGUGCCACCGGAGGGCUGCGUGGCCAUUUACGAGAACGCCUGUCUAUUAGAGCAUUCUUGUCUGGCGAAUACCAGACACAGUUUUUCGAUCGACGACAAAGGCAGACCAAAAAUCACGGUGAAAGCCGUUUGUUCUAUCGCCAAGGGCUCGCAUCUAAGUACGAUGUACACGCACGCUUUGUGGGCCACGAAAGCCAGAAGAGAGCAUUUAAUGGAAACGAAAUACUUCUCCUGCCAUUGCGAGCGUUGCUCGGAUCCCACGGAAUUGAACACGCACCUUGGUACCUUGAAGUGUCCACAGGAUAACGGCUCGAUUUUACCGAAAGAUCCGCUCGACUUUAAUUCGACGUGGGGCUGCGAUUCUUGUCCAGGAAUUUUAUCCGCGUCGGAGGUCUCGCAGUUUCUCGGAAAAAUAGAGGAGGACGUCGAUCAAGUUAUGGAAACGGCAAAAAAGGAGACUCUGAUCGAUUUGCUCUCUCGACUGACCGCGUUGUUACAUCCCGGGCAUCAACAGUGCAUUACUGUCAGCCAUUCAUUGAUUCAAUUAUUACCCGGAGACGAUCCUAGGAAAUCGGAAUUGUGCAAACACAUCGUAAAAACUACGAAAACUUUGGAUCCCUAUGGAGUAAGAUUGGCUCUGUACACGGCGGUUGCGCUAAGAGAAUUGUCUACUUGCCCCGGAGAAGACAGAAGACGUCUUCUGUCAGAAGCUGUAACACUGUUGAGUCAAGAGCCUAAGGAAUCUGCUGGUGAAAAACUUAGAAUUCUGAUAGAAUCCGAACUGUAACGGCGAACGUUUACGAAAAGAAAGUUUGCCUUCGAGUUGAGCGCGAGAGACUAGCGUCCGAUCGAGAAUAUUCACAAUCAAUGGCCAUCGAAUAUUAUUUUAUAUUGAACGUUUGCGUUAGUCAUUUAUUAAAGUACCUAUGUACAACUUA